UAACCAAGCAAAAGGAAAGGGAUGGCCAUUAAAAAUCAAAGUACAAUUUCUAAGUAUGACAAGAUGGUUCUACAGUACAUCUUAAUUGUCUACCAAGACAAUUUGGAACCAAAAUUUUUGAAUCUCCCUCCUAAUUUUUACUUCAAAUACUUUUACAUCUACCAAAUGGCUACAACUAUAAAUACACCUCAUUCAUUACAACAACUAUGCAUUGGAUACAACCCUAAAAUAGGGACUACCCAAGAAGAAGCACUGGCUUCACUGGAUGUGGUGGAUCUCAGACAGUUUUCACCUCCAAACAGCUCACAAUCAGAACAGCCAGCUGCAGUACC